UAUUUUGAGUUAUCUUUUUCUAAUCUUUUCAAAAGUCUUAAAGAAAUAAUAUGCACAUAUGUGGUUUAUUAUAUUGAUGUUUGAUCUAAUUUGAUGGUUUUAUUCCAGAAAAAUGGUUAAAAAUCAUCUGGAGCCCUAAGCUUCCAAAUACUGUGUCUUCAUCUAGUGGGUGCACUCAUAAGUAUUGGAUAAUGGAAAUAAUUUAAUAUUUUAAAAAGAUUUAUGUACAAAGAUGAUCACUGCAAAAGAACUACAAUAUUGAGAACUUAGAUGUGUUCUGACUCUUGCAUGUAAACUAAUAUUUAAACAAAUGUUGAUGUUAGAACCAGCCAAAAGAAUCUUAUCCACCAUUAAAAAUAAUAUUUUUCAAAUAACCUGAAAUGAUAUGGGGAAGUGUUUAUAGUAAAAUGUGAAGUACAAAACACAUUCCAAAAUCACAUACACUAAAAUCUCAAGUGAAUAUUAAAAUUAGAUGCAUAAAUACUCGUAUAAAAUGAAGAAAAUGAGUCAGAUGAACAAGUUACUUCUUGGUAUAGGUGAAACUUAUUUUUUCUUUUUACGUUUCUGCAAUUUCUAAAUUUUCUAUCGUGGCUAUUCAUCACUUUGUCAUAAAAAAACAAAUGUUACCCAAACAGAAACCAGUUUCAGCAUUUUUGCACCACUUUUUUGGGAAUAUGACUCUUAGGGCAGUGCUUGUAAAAGUCAGCAGAUUAUAAGAAAAAUGGUUACUUUACGCAUCAGAAAAUCCAUUUCAGUGAAUUACUGAUUGUUAGGCAGAUGUAUCAAGAGCCACCUCUUUAUCCCCAAGGCAGUUGUGUUGGGUUCGGUGCUGUGCAGCUAACUGGCCAGGCCCCCCGGGCUAUCAGAGAUCACAGGGCUACAGAAGGAGAAGCAGGAGACCUAGGGCCUGCUACAAGGCAAGUGAUGCUGACAUUUAACACAGAGCCUUCCUGUUGGCUCCCUUGGCUGUGGUAAAACAGGGCACGCCUCACACACGCACGUGCACACACACACACACACACACACAGUUUUGCUUGUCCUUUUUUCCUUCAAAAUCUGCCUUCUUUCCUUACCUUUCCCUAUAAAAAGAUGUGUGUGAAGAGGAACUUAGGGACAGGCAGUAGGAGGGAGACCGGAGGAUACUAAAUUGGACUUUGCCCUGAGCACAGACUUCCAUAGGAAUGGUUUGGCAAGAAAUGUUAGAAGAAAUCCCAUCAAUAACAUGAACAAAAGGACUCCGGGCAUGUGGCACAAAGCGAAAGCAUGCACUGGUUUCAGUUCAGUUUUUCUUUUUUUUAGCGUCAUGAGUUGUCUUUACAAGCAAUAGGUUUUUUCUCGUGUUGUGUAUUUUUUAACAGUGUCCUCAGAGCUUUAAUCUCCAGUUCCUAGAAGGGUGAGAACUAGGUUCAAACAUUUGCUGGACAAAUAGUUUGGAGAACUGAGUGAAAAGACAGAAAUGAGACUGGCUGAUUGCAUCAGACAGAACCUUCACUCCUCUCUGUGCAUUUUCUCUUCACUUCAAAAUGUUGGACCACGUUGGCUUAGAAUAUAAAACAGCAGAUUCAAGCAGUCCUUUGGAGGGAGGGAAGUAUCAUCUUCUUAGAACUUUAUCCAUGAACUGCAUGAAAUGUUAUUUUUAUAUUAAUAGAAAUUUAAAAGUCAAAUUUUAAAAAGAUAUUUUAACAACCUAAAGUUUGCUAGUUGAUAUCCUCGAGUCCUCAUUGCUGCUUUAUGUAUAUGAAAUGUUCUCCGACAUACCAAGGUGCCAGUAAAGCUGUGAGAAUUUAAGCAUCAGCUGUUGUCCAUUGGCUAAGGGGGAAAUGGAUGACUUGGCUUAUCCAAGCUAAUCAGCAAUGGAAAUAGAGAAGCCUGAAAUUCUUUCUGGAACAAAACAGAAUUUAGAGCAAAAUAAUGGAACGUCCCUGGAGUCUUUGAAGGAGUUCCAGGGAUUCAUAGCAUCCCUGUCUUUGUCUCUGGUUGGGCUGGACAGUCGCAGGGAUGGGUGAACCCUGGAAGGCCAGAGCUCAUGAGUGCGAGUAUACAGCAUGCCUUCUUCAUGACACUCCUUAGAGAAAGAAAAGAUGCAGUAUUCAUUACCCCUAGAUAAGACACAAAUCAGAGACCUCAGAAAUCCUUGCUAAUCACUACACCUGCUUGGCUGUGUUUAGUCCCCUUUACUUGUGCCUGUAUCUACCCAGAUAACCCUUGGUCUACUCCUGCCCAACCUUAUCUUUGUUCAGCACGCUGGUUAUUAAUUCUCAGAUAACCUGAAGCAGAAUGGGUUUGAACCUUACACACUUUCUAUGUUAACUUUCACAUUCAGGUCAAAAGACUUUUUUGUUUUUUAAGAUUUAUUUAUUUGAAAGUCAGAGUUUACAGAGACACAGAGAGAGAGAGAGAGAUCCUCCAUCUGCUGGUUCACUCCCUAAAUGCCCACAACAGCAGGGGCUGGGCCAGGCCCAAACAAGGAGACAGGUGCUUCAUCUGGGUCUCCCCUGUAGGUAAGCGGGGACCCACGUGCCUGGGCCAUCAUCUGCUCCCUCCCGGGCUGUGCAUUAUCAGGAAGCUGGAUUGGAAGCAGAGCAGCUGGGUCUGGGAAGCAGGCAGUCUGAGGGAAGAUGCAGGCAUCCCACGUGGCAGCCUAACUGGCUGUGCACAAUACCUAGCCCUACCAGCGUGGCAGAGUGUGAAGACUAUGUAAUCACAUGGCAGUCUAAGCAUUGCUGAAAAGGCCCUGAUAGUGGCACCUGCCGGUAUUCUGGACUAGGAAACUGUGGGGAGGACGGGUGGAAUGCACAGCUCUGUCUCCCUGGCUUCUGUCUUCCCUGCUCCAGCCCCUGUGGAUAGAAUCAAAGUAGUAAUUGUUUGGAGAUUCUUGCUCAGUAACCUUUGAUAACUGCGCGCUUUGAACCGAAGCCAAAGUCCCAGCCCAGUGCAGGAUUCAAGCUUUGUCUUCAUAGCCCAGCCUCAACCUGUCUUUCCUCCCUUCUCCUAACUCCCAUUGUUCAUAACAGUCUCUCCUCUGAACAAUGACGGUUUUCCCUGCCUUCGUGGUUCAAGCUUCCGAAGAGCAGGGACUGCAUGUCCUUGCUCUAAGGCAGACCAGUUACACUAACUAGUAACCAGUGAGUUAGUACACUAAGCAGAUAUAUACUGAACCCUCUCCACUGCCAGGCCGAUUUCUAGUUGCUGGUUAAGCAGCAGUGAACAAAUUGGACUCUCCUCUCUAAAGGUACUUAUUUUUUGGUGGAGAAUCUACAUGCUACAAAACAUAUGGAAUACACAAAUAGAGACAAAAUGUAUAGUGUAUCAUGAUGAUAAGUUCUGUGAAGGCAGUGAAUGUGAGGCAAGCAAAUACUGACCGAAGGGUGAUUUUAGAUGGAGGUCAGGGAGCUCUGUUUGCUCAGCAUCAGUUAAAUCUUAAGAACAUGAAUGAAACAUGCAGAUUCCUGAAGGAAGAGUAUGGCAGGUGAGAAGGUAGCUGGUGCAAAGGUCCUGAGGUAGGAAUAGGCACAUUGUGUUCUAGGUAAGGAAGACCAGUGAGUAUGGAACCCAGGGAGCAAGGGAAAGAGUGGGAGGAGAAGAGGUCAGAGAGAGAGGCGAGGGCUGUUGUAAGCCAUGAGAGGAAGUUUGGAUUGUAUCCCCCAUGAAGUCAGAAGUUAGUCAUGGGUUUUUGUUUUGUUUUGUUUUGUUUUUGACAGGCAGAGUGGACAGUGAGAGAGAGACAGAGAGAAAGGUCUUUCUUUACCGUUGGUUCACCCUCCAAUGGCUACUGUGGCCGGCGCACCGCGCUGAUCCAAAGGCAGGAGCCAGGUGCUUCUCCUGGUCUCCCAUGGGGUGCAGGGCCCAAGCACUUGGGCCAUCCUCCACUGCACUCCCUGGCCACAGCAGAGAGCUGGCCUGGAAGAGGGGCAACCGGGACAGAAACUGGCGCCCCGACCGGGACUAGAACCGGGUGUGCCGGCGCCGCAAGGCGGAGGAUUAGCCUAGUGAGCUGCGGCGCCUGCCCUAGUCAUGGGUUUUGAUCAGAGAAAUGACGGACAUUUCAUAGAAUCAUUCUGAGUGCUCUGUGAGGACUUGGGGCAGGUGUAGAGGCAGGGACGAUGGUUUAGGUGGCUCAGCAGUCAUCUCAGCAACAAAUAGUGGAGACCUGAACCGGCUGGGGACAGUGGAAGUGGUGAAAAGCGACCAGACUCAGGCUACUUUUUGGAAACAGAGCUGAGUACUGCAGGAUGCGUUUUAGCAUGGAGAAAAGUGGGUGAAGAUUCAAAGGUCUGGGCCUGAGCAAAUUGAAAACUAGCGUUUUUAUUUGCUGAGCUGGUGGAAGAUGAGGGAGGUGGAGGUUCAGUUGUGGGGAGGUUCCUUUUGAAAAUCUUAAGUUGGAGAGGCUGGUGUGUGGCCAAACUCUGAGCUUCGCCCCGUUUCCCCGUGGCCACCCCAGAGUUCACCUGUGGCUAUACAAGGCGGUUCCCGUGCGCUCAGCCGCCUUCUCAUUUCUGACACCAGUGCUUUCCCCAGGAUGAGGGAGCUUGCUUAAAGCUUGUAUGGAGUAUGCGCAGACAGAGCUGGGCCAGCGUUGGUGCUCAGAUACCCCACGUUCCACGUUCUUCUGGGGACAAUCACAUGACAUGUGUAGGCACCCUCAGUAGGUCCCUAGGAAGACUGAGCCCCGUUGGUCCCCAGCGGUAACUUGAAUUCCUAGAAUGCACUCCCUGCCUCCUCCUGAAAUUAACUACCCAUGCAUCAAUGUUUUACACACCAAUGUGGAAACAUUGCACGGGGCGUGGGUGUGGGAGCGGGGCCCAAUUGUGAUGUAGUGGAUAAAGCUGCUGCCUGUGACACUGACAUCCCAUAUGGGCACCAGUUCAGCUCCCAGCUGCUCCACUUCUGGUCUGGCUCUCUGCUAUGGCCUGGGAAAGCAGCUGAAGGUGGCCCGAGUCCUUGAGCCCCUGUACCUAUGUAGCAGACCUAGAAGGAGCUGCAGGCUCCUGGCUUUGGCCUGGAGCAGCCAAAGCUGCCAAAGCAGCCAAAGCAACAGCUCCAGCUGUUGCAGCCAUCUGGGGAGAGAACCAGCAGAUGGAAGGCCUCUCUGUUUCUUCCCCUACCCUUUUCUGUAACUCUCCCUUUCAAAUAAAUAUAAAUAAAUCUUACGAAAAAGAAAGCAUUGCACGAAGCCUGGAUUUAGGUAGAUUCCUGCACAGCUGGUUUUCUACCUUUUCUGCCUCAUAUUAUCUCUUCCACUUGAACUCACAGGUGUUCCUCAUGGGUAAUCUGAGCUCACAGCAAAGACCAUGAUAGAAUUUCCAGAUAGUAGUAGCUUGAAAAGUGAUGACAAUUUGGUUGCAAGGGAGGUCUUAGGACUCGUGAGUCUGUAUUUGCAUAGGGAGCCCACUGGUUUUACUUUCCAUAUAUCAUUCUUUGGGGGUGGUUUUGGAAAAAAAUCUAGUGGGGGUUAUAGAAAGGAACCCCAAACCAAUCUUUGGUGCUGUCAUUUUUUUUAAAAGAUUUAUUUAUUUAUUUGAAAGGCACUGUGACAGAGAGAGGGGGAGAAAUUUCAUCUGCAGGCUCACUGCCCAAGUAGCCCCAACAGCCAGAACAGGCCUAGGUUGAAGUCAGGAGCCGGGAACUCCACAUACAUCCCCCACUUGGUGGCAGGAGCCCAGUCACUUGGGCCAUCAUCCACUGCCUUCCCAGGUGCAUUAGCGGGGAAUGGCAUGAGAAGCAGAGCAGCCAGGACUGGCACUCAGUUGUGGGAUACCAGCUCCCCAGGCAGCAGCUUAACCCUGUGCGCCACGACACUGGCCCCGUCAGAACUUUUUAAUAAUGGUUUGUAUUAAGCCACACUUUAUAAUGCUCUGCUGGCUCAAGAUUCAGAGCAUUUUUUUUAUGAUGACUGGAGUAGCAAAGUGAAUAGAGGUGAAUGAAACCCUCCUUAACAAGGUAGGGUAGCCACCAACAGGCCAAGUGAAGACUGCACCCACUUGCUAAUCCAUUGUUCAACUGAAUGUGAGAACAAACCAUUUUCUCUUGUGUCAGUACAGCAGAUAAAGCUUGUCUCUUGCCUAUAUGUGAUUACAUUCCACAGUAAUUUCUCCUUUGCAGGAAGCAUCUAGAAUGUGGGGUUUCCUGCUAAACAGUUAUCCAGGUAAUUGCAAAUCAGUGAAAUCAUCUACAUGAACUGAGAUUUUAGUUCCAAUGAGAGAGCUGAUCCAAGCACGUGAAAGAUGCCCCUGAUGUUCACCCUAUGCAAUGGUUCUGUUGUCAACAGUGGCUCCCUUGGCACUCUUCAGCAUGCUAACGUUUCAUUGGUAAAUGUCUCCAUAGUUUUAAGAUGCAUGGACAACAUUCGACUUUUCAUACAGUCCUCAGUUUUCAGUGUUCAAUAUUCAUUUAACAAGGAGCGAGUUUCACAGUGCUGGGGACAGGGAUGGGGAUUUCCUGACUUAGCUCUUGACAAAACAUGGUCAUUAAUGAUACAUGUAGAGAAUGUAUGUCAACAUUCAGUGAUAGGGUUGGUUGCAUAUCAAGUCUCUGUGUAGUCCACUCCUUCAUAUGCAUCUCCGUUAGGCUUGGAAGUCAGUUAUGCACAGAUGAAAAUGAAUCAUCAUGUGCCCUGAAUGGCCGGGAGACACUCUUGGCUCUUCCUUGGGGUGAAGGUACAGUCCGAAAAGCUUGUCUUCACGAGAGAGCUCUCUGCCCGCAUCCAGCUCUUUGUCAAAGGAAUUUCUUUGCAGACUGGCACACAGUGGGAUUCUGAAAAUCUGUAAAGAGCUGGACUUCUUUCUCUCUUCUACUUUCCCAUCAUUCCUCUCUGGAACGUAGACCGCUCUGCCCUUGCAAGUGUGUAUCUUCAGACUGCAUCAUACUGGUUCUAAUCUGGCCUUGAAUCCUGUCAUCAUAGAUGCCACCUGAUGUGCAUGCCUCUAGAACCUCCACGUCCAUCUCUGGCCCCUGAGAUUCUCUGCAACAUGUAAAAUAAUUGCUAGUCGUAUUUAAUUUAAUAUGCUUUCAAAAGUCCCUACUUACGUGCUUUGGUGGAAAUAUAAUCAACUAAAAACCUAAAAUUCCUGAUGGCAAAGAAGCAGCUGAAUUACUCAAGUUUUUUUUAGUAACAUGUAUUUACUUUCAUCUGAUUAUGAAAGUAAUCUUAACUUACUGUAGAAAAUAUGAGGGAAUUUCAAGAUGGUCAUGGAAAGUGGAAUUGGCAGAGAAGUUUAUUUUGGUGCGAAAAGUUUUUGAAAUCCGUGUCUAGUUUUUCAUAACACACAUUUUCCAUAGCUUUUUGAGGUCUCCUCAUAUGAAUGUUAUGGGCAACAAUGUUUAAAAGCACCUACAUCCUAUUAUCCAGAAAUAAUGCUGUCAAUGUUUUGGUGAAUAUUUUAAUUACUAGAUUUCCCCUGAUGAAUGCUUUUCAGGAGAAUAGAUUCUACUCAAUCUUAGCAAUUGUGUAACACACUUCUUAACAAAGUAUUAGCCCUACUAUCUUCUAGAAAUGGUACUAUACAUUGCUCUAUUGGCUGUUUUCACAACAGCUGCUUUAAUGAGGUUGUACUGGGAUGGUAAGUGCACACCCUUUAAUGCACCUGCAAGCUGGUUGGUGCUGAGACACUGUGCAGCCCUUGGAGCACCUGAGAGCACCAUGCCUUCCUUUAGGCUUCUGCGGUACCUCCUCCUCCUUGGCUGACUAUCUUUUCAAGUACACAACCCCAAAUGUAGGAUCAGAGUGUCCAGUAAUCAUUUCUGUGACUUCUUCAGUUUCAUGGAGACUAAAAUUAGAUUCCCUCUGUCACUCUUGUGACAGCAUCCGACCUUGACCUGCAUUUCAAAUUUCUGAGAAGGUACCAGGCACACUCGGACAAGGUACAUCAGAAAUAAUAGAUGAGAGAGCGCGUCAUUGAUGUUGUCAUGUUUUGCUUCAAGUAUUAGAAAAGUAGAAUGUCUUCCCUAUGACCAGCUGGACCUAACACUUGCUUCUGGUGCAAAAAUAAAAUUGAAAAAGUCCAUUAAUACCCAUCUUCCAGGAACCUUUUGGAGAUUCCUUCUUAUAAUGCUCAUUUAAAAAUAUAGCCAAAGAAAACAAAGUAAAAUCCACAGAAAAAUCAGAAGGUUCUCAUUUAUUGAGCUGUUUCUUGAUUUAUAGACUUUAUGAGAUGUUUUAGACAGUAUCAGUAUGUGGAGAAGGCCCAAUCAUCCUAUGUGCUUGACUGAUUCAUAAUUUAUCCAGAAUUUCCCUGAAUCAAACAAUUCAGAAAAACUAUUUACUUAGGACUCAGCCACAAUAAAACCUGAGGGUUGACUGACACUGUUGAUCAUCUAAUUGGAUUUUUCUAAUUCAUGAUAUCUGAGUAUACCUUUAAAAAUUAUUUUUGAUCAUUAUUUUGUUAGUAAGAUUUAGGAAUUCCAGUUUAUUUUGUAUUUUACAUUGAAUAUGAACACAUUGUCUUUGCCUAUACAAAAUCUACCCUUUAAAAUGGACUCAAGAAGAAAACAGAGACUUAAAAUUUAUCUUCAGUCUAAGGCACAACUUGCAAAUAUUUUUUCCAAUAAAUCUCAUUUUAAUAGUACAGUUCUUAGCACUCAGGUCCAAUAUGACAACCACCUGUUAAGAAACAGUUUUUCGUUGUAAGAACCAAAAUGGUUAUAACACAGGUAUACACAGUAAAAUUCAACUUUUCUGUAUUUUUAAAAAUGUUCACAAUGCAGUUCUGGGGGGAAAAAUCUCUUUGAUGUGACAAGAACUAUAUUCCAGGUUUUUUCUCUAAAAUAAGUUUUCUGUGCUCCACCCCGUUUGUGAUUUAGACAUGUGUCAGCUCCCACGGGGCGCUCUUCUGGGGCAGUGAGCACCGUUGGUUUGUUUUGUUGAGGAAAAGUGUGCGACCCCGGGUGACAGGGAGGUUCAGCUGGGUGAGAUUCUUUCUGGGUCACAAACGUGUAGGAAGGCUCCAAGUCCUGUCCUUGGUACCCUGAGCUACCCACCUCUCAUUCAGACCCACACUGGACCUAAGAGGAGAACUGCCUCUCAUACACCCUUCCCACCUUAAUGGGAUAUUAAGGAUUGACCCCUGGAGGUCAAUUCGGUAUUUCCCCUGGGCCUGUACUACAGACGGUGUUUCACCAAAGCCAUUUCCUUUGAUUUGUUUUCAACGUUGAUGAUCUGAAAAAUCAUCUUCUUGAUUAAAUGCAUUCUUCAUCACUAGGAGCUCAAGUCAUUUUCUAUUUCUGUAUUUUAUAUUACUUAAUUUUGGGCAGUUUUUAAAAGUGAAGCCUAGUCUAAUUUCUUGUAAACCUUGAUUUUCAGUUUUCAAUUUGUUGGGCUCUAACCUCUUUGGGUGAGAAUGGUGUUCAGGGCAAGCAGCACAUAACAGAUGCCUAAUCUAUAUUUAUCAAUGGUAGAAAAAUAAAGAAAAGAAGGGAAGGAUAGUAGGAAGGAAGGAAGAAAUGAGAGAGGGAAGGAAGGUGGGAUGGUUUAGCCACUGAACAAAAUUCCACAUAGAAACUGGCUUACUAAGCUAUAUCUUUUAGGUCUGUUCAUUUCAAGGAAUUUUAGGACAUACUUAGAGUGACUCUUGGAAUAUUUACAAAAAUACUUGCUGCCCCCAAAAUUUCAUUACCUAGUGUUCAAUAGUGUUUUAAAAAGUUGAAGUUAUAAUUUUGGUUUUUAUGGCAGUCUGUUUUAUUUCCUAAUAUAAAUUCAAUCCCUUAGGAAUGAUCUAUAAUUUACGUAUCAAACAAAAAUAGGUCAAAUUUAAAUCAGAAUUUUACUCUAAAUGAUUUCUGUGUGAUAGCAGGAUCAGCAAAAGAGCAGUCAUGACUUCUCAAAUUUACUUCCAUUGAUUUUAAAGAUUUAUUUAUUUAUUUGAAAGUCAGAGUUACAGAGAGAGAGAGAGAGAGAGAAACAAAGAGAUCUUCCAUCUGCUGGUUCACUCCCCAAAAUGUCUGUAUUGGCCCAGGGCUGGGCUGGGCCAAAGCCAGGAACCAGGAUCCAAGAUCCAGGAGCUUCUUCUUGGUCUGCCAUGUAGGUGUGCAGACCCAAGCCCUUGGACCACCUCCCAGGGAUUUCCCAGGCCAUUAACAGGGAGCUGGACAGGUGCUUCCAUGUUUUUAGGUAGUACUUACAAUAAAGGGCACCUGGAACUCAGACAUGGCUUGUUCUGUGCAGUUUGGAGGUCAGCUGGAGUUUUCAUCACGGCCCUGUUGCUACCAGAGGUAGCUGCUCGGAGGUGCUUGUCUUUGCACAAGACAGAAUUCAGACACUGACAGAGAGCAAAGGUAAGCAAGGCAGCAAUGGUUCGUGAAGAGAAAUACACCCGAUAGAUCAGGCUGGGUCUCAGGAAAGAACUGAAUGCCCAGUCUAUAUUUUCAGGUUGGAGUUUUCAUGGACAUAAGGGGGGGACCCCCAUUUCUCCUCUCCUCCCCUCCUCCCUCUUCUGGGAAAUCACCAGGUGAGGGGGUUUCUGGAUGUGGAGGUCCUGAAAAUCUCCCCAGGCCCUCAGCAGCACAGUGUUAUGGGAACUAGCAGCCCCCUUGGUGCAGGGCAGGGGGGAUGCCAAUAAGCCUCUCCCAGGGAGUGGGCUGCACCCCAUCUAACAGGGUUAUUGAACAAGAGCAACUACGUUAGACGCAGUUGCUGGGCUGCUUCCAGGGCUUGUUUCCUUGCACAGAAAUUCAUCUCUUUAAAAAUUCCCAAUUUCUUCCCAUUUUCUUUGGCCCCUCUGACCCAUAAAUGCCAAUGUCUACCUUGCUGCCUUAACACCAUUACCUUCCACUUACCAAACUUGGGAACGGUCACUUAACUGUUCUGAGUCAAAAGACAUAUCAUUAGUGGCAGCAUUGGAAGCCAAAAGCAGAACCUGCCUUAUUACUUUGUUAAUGGCCUAACCAUGUGAGUGUUAUAAAUUUCUUAGGUGGCUUUCAGAGGCAGCUGAAAAUGGCACCCCAAGAUUUAUGUAUCUUGUUACCAAAAAAUGAGUCACAAAAGUAAAUGGCUUUCUUUUACUGCUAUUCAACCCCCCACGCCAGGCUUCUGUUUUAGCCUCUACUAACUUGCUAGUGUUGGGUGAGUGGACAGACGUGUGACUGUAAUUCUCAUCAAUGCUGAAUAUUCUGAGGAACGGUGCAGGACGCUGCGCGGUGACACUGUGACUUCUCACACCGCUCCUUGCACCUGCCGCCUCACUCUUGCCUCUGGGACUCUCCGAGAAUCACCACGGAGCCCGUUGAGCCGCUGCAGAAGCCUUAGUCCAGUCCCAGGAUCACAGACCAAUCUUGUCCCUAGAAUGAGGAAUUUAAAGAGCUUGGGGGAACCAGCUAGAAGGGAGACGAGAUUUGGGUCAGAUGAAGCUAACUUGGACUCGGGCCUCUGCCAUAUGGUAAUGUUUUGGUGUCAGCCAAGUUUCUUAACCUCUCUGAGUCUCAGAAGAUGGAGGCACCAAUUCCUCCUCCAGUGAUCAUCUAAAACUUCCUCUGUGACUUAAGGUUCCAAGGAAAGGGACCUGACCUCUUUUAUUCCUACACUCAUUCCUAUCCCAGGCACGUCCCAGUGAAAAUAAUGGGUUUUGCAGUCAGAGGGACCUCAUUUUUAACCUCGGAUCUGCCACUCAUUGACUGAAUGACCACAGGGAAAGUUACUUCAACUUCGUAAGCCUCCACUUCCUCGGUGGUCAAACAGAAAAUAAAUAACUUACAACGAUCAUAGAUACAUUAUUGUGAAGAUAAUAGAAGACAUGUUACACUCUUAUCAUUGAAUGAUUACCAAAUAAGUGGUUGCUAUCAUCUUAGUAGAAUAAGAAAUUCAAAAACUCACCCUGACCUUCUGGGGAUGUUUGGGUCAGAGACUCAGUCAGUGCAUAGGAAGUAUCAGGGUACAGAAGGGAUCGGAGAGUGGCAGGUCAGCAGUAAGUGCCCACAAAUGGGACCCUUUAUGCCUCUUGGCUUCAAGAAAAGGAUAUCCAGAUUUAGAGAAAUAUUGAACACUGACAUGGAAAAAAUCCCAGCACCAGAAUUGAAUGCAUGAGGUUGUUGUUAUUUAGGGCUUCUUGGUAUUUGGGGUCUUUUUUCUUUCUCCCAAGGGAGUAAUUCUGUUUCUCAGCGUGGUAAUUCCAUCACUGCUUUUGCUUGUUUGUUAGCAUAGUUCUGGAAGGCUGGAAGAAGCCAUUUCUGUCCUUAUUUGGUGUGUGGUCAACACCGAGAGCUGCAGGAGUUGGAGUCGGUGUUACAAAUGCUUUUUCAAUUUCAGUUAAGAAAACUGUCUUCAGAUUCCAUAGGUUUUCAAAAAAUAAAUGGGAAUGUUUCUAUAUUUAGGAGAAACUCAGGAUUUUGAACAAUUGAGAAAACAUCCAUUGGCUAAUUUUAGUAGAAUUCCUUGCCACGUAGUUCUUGUAAACAUAGCGGGUUUUAAUGUUACAAAGAAAACAUUUAAGAUUUUGUUAUGGGAUUUGCUUUUAAAAUAUCAUAGCUGUCAUUCUGUCCUGACAGUGUGAAAAGAUUUCAAAUAGAGAAAAAAAGGUGCCAUCUAAACUGAAGAAAAAUACACUUUCCGAUUGACAGAAUGUUGUCUACUUGCUGUGCCCAUGAGGUAAUCAAUCGUAGAGGCCAGUUUUUAAAAGUGAAAGUAUUUCUAACAGUGUCAAAAUCUUUUUUCCUUCCUCCCCAAUCACUUACAAACAUUAUCGGUAGUAGUGCCGAAGAUUUUAUGUGGCGUCUUCAGAAUGCUUUCAGAUAAAGGGCCCUGUUCACUACUCACAAAAACUCCUCUCAGUGCUUCUCAACCAAGAGCCAAGUGAAUAAGAUACUGGAACUCAGCAAGGUCAAGCAACAGUGGUCAAGGUCACUUGGAAGUUCAUGACGUAACUGUGGCUCUCAUUUCUAAUCCCUUAUUCCAUUGCUGCCCUGAAUAUUUGCCCAAUGCUGUUACGUUAAAACAAAAAACUAUUUUGGGGAUAGGCCAGUGAUUCAUUUGGUCAUAACAGUGACAAUGAUUUUUCUGGGUUUCUUAUUUUCUUAUUUAUUUAUUGCAACAAUCUUGGCUUUGACAAAGGGAGCAUUUAGGGAAGUUCAGAAAUGGUUACCUAAAUGACAUGAGGUCAAAUGACUUUCCCCUUUUUAGAAACACAAAAAACUAUAAUGCAUCUUACUCUCAUGAAUUAUUGGUUUGUUUGUGCAUUCAUUUUAUUAAACAAACAUGAGUGUGGCUUUAAUUUUUAGACCAUUUGUCUAGACCAUGGAGAUCAGGGGAAAGCAAGUUUGAUCCAUGUCUUCAUAGUGUUUGGGUCUAUCAGGGAGGCAGGACAUUGGAUAAGUAGUUACAAAUGCAAUGACAUUGAUAAAGAGGAAGUGGAGAGCCCUCUGUAGAUUUCACUUGGUCUGAGGAAGCAGGGAGGACCUCAUGGAGGAAGUGGCUUCCAUUCACCAGUCGGUGACUAAGGAGGAUUGUUUUUACAUUGCAUUCAUGAGCGUACUACUGACAAGAAUUUUCUGACAUUUUAAAUCUUUAUUUAUGGAGAACUGGACAAUUGCUGAUCCCAGAUUUUUACACAGAUUAAAAAAAAAUCCUUCAUUUCAAGUGAUUAGUCUGUAUUAAUUGCAAGAUUUUUAAGAAAUUUGGUUCUACAACCAUUUCCUUUUGAAUAGUUAGAAAAAUCUCCUGGGACUUUGUCAAUCAUUUAGAUUCUUAAUAAGCGUUCUAUUUCUUUUCUUUCUCUCUCGUUUCUCUCUUUCGCUAAUUUCUUUCUUUCAGCCUCAUUUAUCCAAGUAUUUAGAAGGAGCUCUGUUGCGUUAUUACACGGAAAGAGUUUGACAUUAUCUUCAAAAUGUUAAAACACUCCUAAAAAUAUUCAAAUAGCACAUGAUCUCACUUAUGUGUGGAGUCUAAAAAAAUAAGUGAUCUCAUGGAAAUUUAAAAAUAUAGCAAUGAUUGCCAGAGGCUAGGCAGGGAGGCAAAGAAGGAAGGAUGGGGAAAGGUUGAUUGACGUGUCCUGGGUGCUAGGUAGGAGUAAGAAGUUCUGUGCUUCCUUUGCACAGUAGAGUGUGCUGUAUAUUUAUUUUUCUAUUAAAAACUAAAGUACAAAAUUUUGGAUGUUUUAACUGUAAAGAAAUACUAAAUUCUUGAAAGCAUAAAUAUUUUUGCCUCAGUCAGACUUUAUAUAAUAUGUGCAUGUAAGGAAACAUCAUAUAGCACUCCAUAGAUAUGUACAACUUUUAUAUGUCUGUUAAGAUUUUUUUUAAAGAUGGAAACCUUAAGAUACAUACUAAAACAUUUUGACUCACAAUCUGUAGUUUUAUUGUUCUUUUAUGCUUAUAGUUAACCAUGCCUCUUGCCACUUGUUUUCCCCAGGUCUACAUUUAACUCCUUAAUUACACUUACUUGUUUGUGGCCUGGGACAUAAAUGAGCCAAGGCUGCAUUUGUAGAAUUUUGAAACCCAGAACAUACUUUCCUCCAGUGUCAGGGCUGUGUGCACCUUCAGUUCUGUGACGAUUUCCACCUCACUGUGAACUCAGCUCUGUGAGUUCCAGCUCACAGGAUCGCUUUCCCCCAUUACAGAAUAUGAGACUAUGGACCUCUAAAUCAAGUCGACUCAUAUUUCAUAAGACCUGGGAUCAGUAUUUGAAAAGCAUUCAGAGAAAGUCCUAGCUUUAUUUUUAGCACUUCCAAACUAAUUUGUAGCUGAUUAUGAUAAUAAAUCGAUGCAAUAUGAAGGCUAUCUAAACCACAAUCAUUUGGGUUAAAUGCACAUUAUUUUAGGAAGUGCACAAGUCUGGUUGUCACACUUCCUUUUUCACACUUGUUGCAGUGACUCACUCUGAAAUUAGAAUUACUACAAUGAUGCUUCCAUCAGUGGUAGCUGACAAAGAAUAGUCUAUUAUCUGCUGCCAUGUUAAUGUCUGCUGGCUUGAAGUUGGUGACCAGUGACAACCUCAAAACUAGAAUUAUCCUGAAACCCAUCUAUGUGCAGCCUUGGUUUCCUGAGGCAAUGUAUUUCAACAUAACACCCUCCACCAAUGUAACCAUUUCUCUGAAGCUUAGCUCAAACCCCUUUUCCAACCCCAACUUUCUCUCUACCCGUCAACAUUGACUUGGCAUGGAUGGAAAGUAAUGCCUAUGUGGAUAAGCUGAAAUUCUCCCAUUUUUAAGUUUGGAAGUUUCCAUUUGAUUCAUAGUUAGCUGUCUCCUAUAAAGGAAAUUCUGAGUUUCAGUGUCCAACACCAAAACCCAAAUUUGUCAUUAGUAACAUCUGGAAUCUUGGAACUAAAAUUCCAAAAAUAUUCGAGGCAAAAAGGAUGCCUUAUUUAGAGCUCUGCAGAACAUAAAAUCUAGGUUUUUGGCAGGAGGUGGGCAUUUUGGUAAGAUUUUUAGGGGUAGGAACCGUAUAAAUAACAAUUGGAUGGGAAUAUUGUUUAUAUUCCAGAAUCUUGUUUUCUUUGGGGUGUAAGUUUAGUUCGACUUGUGAAAGAAGUUUGUCUCAGGAAUGGGAUGUAUGCCUUUGCCACUGAAUCUUGCUUUUACUAAAAUUCCUCUAGAAAAAUAAACUCUUAAUAAGAUGACUAAUUUAAAUAUUCAAAAGAUGUACACUUUGGGGCUCACAUCAUGGCACGGCAGGUUAAGCCACAGGCUGUGACCACUGGAGUCCCAGCUGCUCCACUUCUGAUCCAGCUCCCUGAUAAGGCUCCAGGGAAAGCAACAGCGGAUGUCCUAAAUGCCUGGACCCCUGCCACCCACAUGGGAGACCCGGACGAAGCUCCUGGCUCCUGGCUUUGGCCUGGCGCAGCCCUGGCUGUUGAGGCCAUUUGGGGAGUGAAGCAGCAGAUGGAAGAUCUCUGUCUCUCCCUCCCUCCUUCUCUCUGUCAUUGUGCCUUUCAAAUAAAUAAUUAAAUCUUAAAAAAAGAAUAAGAUUUACACUCAUGCUUUCUUACCCUAUGUUACCCACAAAGGGAAAGUUAUGCACGACUGGUUGGAAUGUAAAUGACAGCAAAGUUUCAUCUUGGAAAACAUCUUAUUUGCUUUAUUUGUCCAGUUGUCUAAAUUCUGAUAUCUGUGAAAGACCAGCCGGCCCCUCACAACAAUGUUGGUAUUUGUGUUUGAAAUCCAGGUUUGACUUUGCUCAUGAUUAGUCUGAGCAGCAAGGAGUUUAUUUCUCUGACCUUGUUGUGGUCUAGGAGGGAUUAUGUGUAACUGCACAGAAGAAAUGAGAAGGAGGCAGUAAGUGAUCAUUUGAGGCAAAAAUAACACGAACAUUGGCAGACACUUCUUGUAUCUUUAUCUGAUUUCACACUGGGAAAAAGGACCAGAAUUCACAGGUUCCUGUUCCUAAGUCCAUGUUUAUAAUUUCAUUUUUUAAAUCUUUCUUAACUAUUUAAAAGGUAAAAUCCAGGAAAAAGAGAAGAAAGAGAUAUGCUUGACAAAAGUGAAAAAGACAACUUUGCCUUUGUUUCCUGGCACAUUUUCAGAGACAGCCGGACAUUCUAUGGUAGCUUCAUUCCGGAUUCUCAUUCCCUUAUGUUUAUCAGUUAGAUACCAAUUAACACGAUACUCUUAAAAAUGCAAAUUCGCAAGGAGACAAAGACAAUUAUAAGUAAAAAUAUCUAUAGCUGGCUUAAGUCAGGUUGAAGGUCAGGGUUUAUCUUGCUGUACGUAAACUUAGGAUAACAACACAAGUAGUAUUUUGCUGCUCCCAAAGCUGUACAAAGGUGCCGUAGCUUUUGUGAUCAGAGACCAGUGCUUGGGUUUCACCUACAAAUUUUACAACAUGGCUAGUGAGAAGGAGAGCCUUGGGCUGCGUGCAUGGUUUGAAGUGGUCAGUCCUGCCAGGGCCAUCCCUUCCACUCUGCUAGUGGUCUCUAAGUUCUCUUGCUGUGGUCCGGCUUUAGUCUCAAAUAAAGCCAUUCUACUGAAUGCCAAGUUGUUCGACUCACCAGGGAUGCGUGUAUUGCCUUAGCACUGCCCCUAGUUGGAUACUAAAUAGCAUAAAACAAUGAGAUGGUCAUAGUACAAUUUCCUGCACCAGAGGAAGGGACUGGUGUAAGUGAACGCAUCUUCUUAAACAGCACCAGGAAGGUGACCACUGGCUUGGCUCAUGUGAAAUGCAGAUCACACAAAAGCAAAAAGGCAGCUUCUGAAAUAGUGUAAGAGUUGAUCUGGAGCGAACUCAGCUCCUCCAAGGUUACUGCCGCCGGGGGCAGUGUCUGUCACCCACUCUCUGAUAACAAAGAGGUGCAACUCUGGAAGUGUUCUAUUACUCAUUCCCGAAGCUGAUAGGGGACCUGUGGCAUGCUCAGAAAACCCCUGGUGUGCUGGGUGCCUUUGGGAACACACGCGUCAUGUUUUUAUAGUCUUGAGCUUUUACGGAUGUCACAGGAGUAUUUUGGACUUGUUUGGUCUAAGAGAGAUAAAUGGGGCUUUGGCGGUCUGAAGGUUUGGCAGAUAAGGGUGAUGCUCACUUGGCCCAACCAUUGGUCGGUUUUGUCCAGUUCAGAGAGGGUUAAAUUCCCUCUUGGGCACUCCAGGCCUCUCUAAUCUUGCCCUGGAGAGGUGGAGCUCUGCCUCGGUUUACAGUUGAGGUCAGCCACAGGGCAGUGUUUGGACAGGGACUGAUGGAAUUACGCUGCAUUGUUAACCACUCAGUGGUGAGGGCGGAUGACGGCAUUGGGGUCCUUUGAUGGCCUGAGUCCAGAUCUUGAAAUCUGCGCCUCGUCGACAUGUGCUGCACUCAUAAAACAUGCCGAGGGCUCUCUUGGGCUUUCAUCAUUUAUUGAAUUCGAAAGCCAGUUGUUUUGAGGGCUCCGUCUGAGAGUUAAGCAGUGUUUCUAGGGACUAGCAAAUGGACAAGAGAAUUGAUCUUCGUUGUGGAAGUCAGGCAUUCUAGUUCCUCCUCCGAGGUGACUCUGCACCUUCCUGAGAGACGGGCUGCCCGCAGCUCUGAAAGCCAUCUGCCUGUUUUCUUCUCGCACUGACGUGGGGGGGAGCCAGUGGUCCUGUCGACACGAUUAAAUCCUUGUGAUAGGUUUGGUAAUGAGGGUGUCUAUCCAUGUGGCGAAGAAAAGUUGAAACGAGGAAAAUGAUAUUUGGCAGCCUGCCGUGUGAAAUGUAGAAAUCUUGGUCAAAUUUCCAAAUUGUAGGCAUGAUUUGCUUUGCCUUUUUUUUUUUUUUUUUAGCAGAGCCCUGUAUAUUUACUUAAAAAAAAAAAUAUGCUCGCGCUGCAUCCAAAAAUUCCCCAGCUUCAGUCAGACCUGCCAUGACACAUGUGUGUGUGUGCACGUGCAUGGGUGUGUGCGUGUGAGCGUGCGCGCGUGUGUGCACGCGUGUGUGUGCAUGUGUGAGUGCAUGCACACGCGCGCGUGUGUGUGUGUGCGUGUGUUGCUUUUCAGGAGUGCCAUGUGACUGUGCUGUUUAAUCAGGCCUCUAUUUAGAAACGAAGUUUCAAGGGAGUGUUACUCACAUUAAUGAUGAGAUAAAGCCGAGUGAGGCAAGCUCAGUGGUAAAGGGCAAGAGUCGGGCAGGGCGGCAGACGUCCUGGCCAGCCCUGCCCGCCCUGCCUCAGCCAGCCUGCCACUUCUCUGUCAGCGCAUACCUCCACACAGAGGAAAUGCCCUCCCUCGGUUACAAGUGCCUCCUGCUCUGCACCGGGCCCUCCGGCCCCCGGGCCCUGCACCACCUCUGACUUCGCACGGUUCCUGUGGAUCUUGGCACCCUCUUUACAAAUGGCUUUUGUCUGGGAUCCCCUGGGCAUCACGGUGCCAGGACUGUCUCCAAGAGCCAAGUCAAGAUCGCGUUUCUCAAAGUCCUACAGUUUUGAUGUGGACAAUGGCACAUCUGCGGGACGGAGUCCCUUGGAUCCCAUGACCAGCCCAGGAUCUGGGCUAAUUCUCCAAGCAAAUUUUGUCCACAGUCAACGCCGGGAGUCCUUCCUCUAUCGAUCCGACAGUGACUAUGACCUCUCUCCAAAGUCUAUGUCCCGGAAUUCCUCCAUUGCCAGUGAUAUACACGGAGAUGACUUGAUUGUGACUCCAUUUGCUCAGGUCUUGGCCAGCCUGCGAACCGUGCGAAACAACUUUGCUGCCUUGACUAACUUGCAGGAACGGGCGCCCAGCAAAAGAUCACCCAUGUGCAACCAACCAUCCAUCAACAAAGCCACCAUAACAGAGGAGGCCUACCAGAAACUGGCCAGCGAGACCCUGGAGGAGCUGGACUGGUGUCUGGACCAGCUAGAGACGCUGCAGACCAGGCACUCCGUCAGUGAGAUGGCCUCCAACAAGUUUAAAAGGAUGCUUAAUCGGGAGCUCACUCAUCUCUCUGAAAUGAGUCGGUCUGGCAAUCAAGUGUCAGAAUACAUUUCAAACACAUUCUUAGAUAAGCAACAUGAAGUGGAAAUUCCUUCUCCAACUCAGAAGGAAAAGGAGAAAAAGAAAAGACCAAUGUCUCAGAUCAGUGGAGUCAAGAAAUUGAUGCACAGCUCCAGUCUGACAAAUUCAAGUAUCCCAAGGUUUGGAGUUAAAACUGAACAAGAAGACGUCCUUGCCAAGGAACUGGAAGAUGUGAACAAAUGGGGGCUCCAUGUUUUCAGAAUAGCAGAGCUGUCUGGUAACCGGCCUCUGACUGUUAUCAUGCACACCAUUUUUCAGGAGCGGGAUUUAUUGAAAACCUUUAAAAUUCCAGUGGAUACGUUGAUCACGUACCUUAUGACUCUGGAAGACCAUUACCACGCCGACGUGGCCUACCACAACAACAUCCACGCUGCAGAUGUCGUCCAGUCUACUCAUGUGCUCUUGUCCACACCUGCUUUAGAGGCUGUGUUUACAGAUUUGGAGAUUCUUGCAGCAAUUUUUGCCAGUGCAAUACAUGAUGUAGAUCAUCCUGGUGUGUCCAAUCAAUUUCUGAUCAAUACAAAUUCUGAGCUUGCCUUGAUGUACAACGACUCCUCUGUCUUAGAGAACCACCAUUUGGCUGUGGGCUUCAAGUUGCUUCAGGAAGAGAACUGUGACAUUUUCCAGAACUUGACCAAAAAGCAGAGACAAUCCUUAAGGAAAAUGGUCAUUGACAUUGUACUUGCAACAGAUAUGUCAAAACACAUGAAUCUGCUGGCCGAUUUGAAAACUAUGGUUGAAACUAAGAAAGUGACUAGUUCUGGAGUUCUCCUUCUUGAUAAUUACUCAGAUAGGAUUCAGGUCCUUCAGAAUAUGGUGCAUUGCGCAGACCUGAGCAACCCCACCAAGCCCCUGCAGCUGUACCGCCAGUGGACAGACCGGAUCAUGGAGGAGUUCUUUCGCCAAGGAGACCGAGAGAGGGAGCGUGGCAUGGAGAUAAGCCCCAUGUGUGACAAGCACAACGCGUCUGUGGAGAAAUCACAGGUGGGCUUCAUCGACUACAUUGUCCAUCCUCUCUGGGAGACUUGGGCCGACCUUGUACAUCCCGAUGCACAGGACAUCUUGGACACUUUGGAGGACAAUCGUGAAUGGUACCAGAGCACAAUCCCUCAGAGCCCCUCGCCUGCGCCUGACGACCAAGAGGAGGGACGGCAAGGUCAAACUGAGAAAUUCCAGUUUGAACUCACUUUGGAGGAAGACGGAGAGUCAGACACCGAAAAGGACAGUGGGAGUCAGGUGGAGGAAGACACUAGCUGCAGUGACUCCAAGACUCUUUGCACUCAAGACUCAGAGUCGACUGAAAUCCCCCUCGAUGAACAGGUGGAAGAGGAGGCCGUAGGGGAAGAGGAGAGCCAGCCCGAGGCUUGCGUAAUAGAUGACUAUUCCCCUGACACGUAACAGUGCAAAGACUUUCAUGCCUUUUUCUUUUCUUUUUUCUUUUUUUUUUUUUUUUAAGUAGAAAAGUUGUUUCCAAAGUGCAUGUCACAUGCCGCAACCAUGGUCACACCUCACUAUCAUCUGCCAGGACGUUUGUUGAACAAAACUGACCUUGACUACUCAGUCUGGCGCUCAGGAAUAUCUAACCAGUUUCUUCACCUCCAUGUCGUCAGAGCAAGGGGGACAGCUUCACGAACAGCGUUUUAAUAAGAUUUCAGCUCGCGAGAGCUGAUGAGGCCGAUAAAAAUCAACUCCACAAUGUUUUCAAUGGAGCGUGGCUCAUCGGGCAGCCCUAGGGUUGUGAUGGGAUUUGGAGUUUUUGUUUGUUUGCAAUAUUUUCAGAAGAAAUAAGGCAUUGCACAGAGCGAACUUGCUGGUUGAGCAGCAGAUACGGCAAGAACAGAACACAGCAUGGAUCUGUUACCAGAAGGAAGAUGAGCCACGGAAAUUGCAUAAUUUUCUAAUUUCAAGUCUUCCUGAUACAUGACUGAAUAGUGUGGUUCAGUGAGCUGCACUGACCUCUGUUUUGUAUGAUAUGUAAAACAGAUCUUUUUUGUAGAGCUUACUUUUAUUAUUAAAUGUAUUGAGGUAUUAUAUUUAAAUAACUAUGUUCAGAACUUCAUCUGCCACUGGUUAUUUUUUUCUAAGAAGUAACUUGCAAGUUUUCAGUACAAAUCUGUGCUACACUGGAUAAAUCUAAUUUACAAAUUUUACUUGCACCUUAUAGUUCAUAGCAAUUAACUGAUUUGUAGUGAUCCAUUGUUUUAUAUACCAACGACUUCCAUAUUUUAAAACAGAAAAAAUAUCUUUCUGUUGCAGGAAACCCUUUUUGUAAGUCUUUGUUUACUUUGCUUUUUGUUCCACUCUUCAAGUGGAGUUGCUCUCCACCAACAUUUUUCCUCACAGUGUGCAAAGUGAAUAUUUGUUCUGUAAUACUUUGAUGUGUGUUAUGUCAAAUGUGUCUUAACCCUCAUAGAAACUCAGUCAUCAGCUGGUGUUGUCUGAAGCAAGUGGGAGAUAUAUAAAUACCCAGUAGCUAAAAUGGUCAGUCUUUUCUAGAUAUUUUCCUACUUAGUGUCUUCUGGUGACUUUCUGCUGUGUCGAUAGACAUGCAUCUCCCAAGUGCAUGUCUUUGUAAUAACCUGCACAUUUCGUGCUCAUUUUUGUUGUUUUCACCGCCUGUUAUAUACUAAGAAAAGUGUUUUUCCCUUUCACUGCUUUAUUUAGUGUGUGUCUGAACCUCUGUCCAUGUUCAGUAGAUGGAGUCUUAUCAAAUAUAUCACCACCAUUCUGAUGGGUGAAAAUAAACAGGUAGUCAGGUUACAGUUCGCAUUCUUUUCUUCCAUGAGGUUGUAUAUCUUGACUCGGUUUUCUUACUGGGUUCCAGAGAAAAGUUAAUAGUAUGAAAAGCUGCUUAGCUAGCUCUUAACAGUAUAUUAACAAACCCCAGUACAACAGCUUCCCUUUUGUUCCUGUAAUUUCACCAUGUGAUUAAAAACUAGAUGAGGACUAGCCCCGAAAAGUGGUUGUAAGUGUAGGGACUGCUCUCAAAGGACAGCCACGUAACAAAUAGGAAUUGCAUUGUCACCUGUCAUCCUCCCAUCAGCAUCCAUCUUGCAGUGGGGGAAUUACUUUUUAAACCACAUUGAGGGAGAGAAAUUGAUGAUUCCACUGGCACCAGAGGGUUGGUAAUGGAAUGCAUUUGAAAAUACUGGGUUGGUAAACAGAUUGUGCCUUAAUGCAAAAUUAAAGGUCACCUAACUGAUUUCAGCACCAGGAACUGUAUUGCAGGUUUAGAGAUUAAUUCCUUAGUGUUCACCUGCUGAUAGCAAUGGGCAUCAUGGCACAUUCAUUUAGUUUUGAUUUUCCUCCCAUUUCAAUGGUUUGUACAGUCAAGAGGUUUGGAGCUCAGAAUAAUCACUUUCGUAUUAAUAGACAAGAAUGACAGUGAAAAUUAAGGAGAUAUCAAACCAAAUGGAAAAUAAACAGGAAAAAAAGUCACAAUCUGGAAAAACACUUGUAUAAAGGAGCCUUCUGGGGACUACAAAAUCAAGGCAUCAGCCCAGGGGAAUGACCCAAGCUGAUGAUACCAUCCCAAGAGCUCAGAACCUUUCUAAUGAACUAAUGGCCAGGUUUCCACCUCCCCCUGUAGAGAUCAAUUAUAAGUCUUUGUAAACGAAAGCCGAGGUUUGCCAAGUGGUUCCUUGAGAACGUUUGAGAAGGUGUCUGCCCCUGAGGGAGGUCUAGAGGGAAAGGCAAGGAGUCUUGGUUUCUUUUCCCAGAACAUUCCCACUUCCUUCUCUCCCUACACUUGGUAUUUCCCCCACAGAGUGCCUAGAAUCUUAAUUUAAAAAAAAAAAAGCAAUAUGUCACAAACAAACUCAGACCUGAAAGGGUUUAUAACUGCACUAAGAGAGGUUUUCUCCCUCAGUUUGUUGGUUUUUUAAUGGUACCAUGUUAUAAAGAUAGCACCAAUGGACAAUCAAAUUAUAGAAUAGGCCCAAUAUCCAAGAGGCAGGGACUAAUGCACUGUACAAUCUGUUUACCCUCUCCCUUCUCUAUAUUUCUCUCCUUUUCUCUCGCCAAAGUGUGUUUCAGAAGUACACACUGCUUUAAGAAGAACACCCUUUUACAAGUGGCUUUACAUUUCCUAAAAUGCCAUAAGAUAAUGCAAUAUCUGGGUACUGUAUGGGAAUAAAAUGUCCAAGUUUGCAUAAAACCAGUACAUUUCAGCUUGCAAGUUACUGAAUACAAUAAUGCUGUUUUCAUUUUGUUUUCUUUUACAUCAGUUAAAAUCCACAAGAAAAUAAUGUAGAUAGAACAAAUUAAAGUCAAAGAAAGAAAAAACUUGAAUGAAAAGGAUUUUACAGAAAGCUUUAUGGUAAUUUUUGAGUGCAUUAUUUAUUUUUUGUGCCAUGCAUUGUUUUCUCACCAAAUGACCUUACCUGUAAUACAGUCUUGUUUGUCUGUUUACAACCAUGUAUUUAUUGCAAUGUACAUACUGUAAUGUUAAUUGUAAAUUAUCAGUUCUUAUUAAAACAUCAUCCCAUGAUGGGAUGGUGUUGAUAUAUUUGGAAACUCUUGGUGAGAGAAUGAAUGGUGUGUAUACAUACUCCUUGUACAUUUUCUUUUCUCCUGUAAUAUAGUCUUGUCACCUUAGAGCUUGUUUAUGGAAGAUUCAACAAAAUUAUAAAAUACAUAAAGAUAUAUACAUUUAAAAAUAUAGCUGCAGGUCUUUGGUCCCAGGGCUGUGCCUUAACUUUAAUAUUUUCUUCUGUUUUGCUGCAUUUCAAAGUAAGGUAAUGGUGGGGCUAGGGCUGGGUAUUUUAAAUCCAAGCUUUCAAUUCAUUGGCUAUCUGGAAAUACCCGAAUUUUACAAAAUCAGAUAAGCUCUAGAAGAUUGUGCAGCCCUCAAGACAUAAGCUUUUAAGUACUUCUUGCCAUGGAGUGGUAUUGCAUAUAGAUUUUGCCUUUUUUGUGGAUCAGGAGCUACUCAAUUUUUUUUUUCAUUCAAACACUACUGGAAAAAAUCUAUCUUUGUCCAGUGAUGAUGGAGUCUCCUUGGCUCCUGGAGCCCACAAGAAAAUUAACUUGAUUGGAAAUUGGAGCCAUAGGUCAUUUGUGUUAGUCAUCUGUUAAUUAGCUUCCUGUCAUGUUAACAGAAUAUAAAGUACGAGAAAGUUAAGAUUGACCAGAUUACCUUAUGUAUUUGUAAACUCAUUGAAUACAAAGUUGGGUAUAAUGCCAGUUUACAUGGCAUAAAGGAUUUGCCAUUCUCUAGAAUUUUUUUCUUCAAAAAUUAUGUCUUUUUAGAAUAUAACGUAACCCCACACAAUGGCCAGCUCCUGAAAGCACUGAAAAAUUUCUCACGGAUAACAUGGAAGCCUCUUCCCACUGCUGCCCAGCCCUUGGAACUUGUGACUUCAUCAGUGAAGGGAGAGAGCCUUUUCCUAGGAAAAAUGAGCCUCUUAUUUUUGACACAAACUGUAGAUUUUAGCAGCCCUGGCCCAAAGGAAUUUGAUUACUUUUGUUUUAAACAGUACAAAGGGGACACUAUAAGUACAAAAAACAUCCUUACUGAUUUUAGUUUUUUUUUAAUUUCAUUUCUUUGGAUAUGUUUUAAGAGUGGUAAAUUGUGUGUGAGCAUUAUAAAUGAUUAUUUUAGUGGUUUCUUAGCCUCUUACAGCCCAUGGGGAUAGUACUGUACAUCAAUACCUUCAUAUGAAAUUUUUAUAUGCAACAAAAAUAAAAGCAUGGGUUGAUUCUGCCUA